CCAAACGCAGCAAGUCUCAACUGCGGAGUUAAAUCCGUGUCAUUCCAAUAGCGCUGUACGUACCGCGGAGGCUUCACGAGCUGCCUCCCUCCCUCGCUCCGUCGAGGGUUCACCCUCGCUCAUCGUCGACCUCUCCCUCGUGCAUUUUGAUGAUGCUUCUAGGAGAAUCAUCAUCAGGUCACUUGAGGAGAACAUGGGUGCUCAUGAUCCUUCAGAAGCAACAACAUCUUGUAUAGAUGCUACAAAAGAUUCACAGAGCACCGUGGAGAUAAAAAUUAAAACAUUGGAUUCUCAAACAUACACUCUGCAAGUAGAGAAGUCUGUGCCAAUCCCAAAGCUGAAGGAACAAAUAGCCAGCAUUACUGGGGUAAUCUCAGAACAACAACGUCUAAUAUGCCGUGGCAAGGUUCUGAAAGAUGAUGAAAUUUUGUCUACAUAUCACAUUGAAGAUGGUCAUACCUUGCAUAUGGUUGUUAGACAACCACAACAAUUUUCUUCAUCCCCAUCAAGUCAUAUGGAAAAUGAAGGUGCACCAGCUGCUAAUGCUACUUCGGAUACUUAUCAUAGUCAUGUUAGUCAAGGAGCUCAUACCUUAGUCUUUGAGACUGCUAAUAUUGGUCAAGGGGAUCAUCAUACUCAUCUUUCUCAGAUUAUAUCUAGUAUCUUGAAUGUUGUUGCAACAAGAAAUACUGAAUCCCAGACCUCAACUACAGAUCUCAGGGAUUUGAGUGCAAGAGCCUCUCUUGACAUUCCAUUUGGUGAGCUUGGUUCUAGGCAGCCAUCUGACCAAUUCCAAGCUGCAGUUCCAUUGGGGCCUCAACAGCCGACUGUAAUUCCUGAUUCUUUGACCACCAUACAUCAGUAUUUGAGCUUCAUGAGGAAUGAGUUCUUCAGAGAAGGUGUGGAAUACAGAAAUGAACCAGACACCGCUAAUAUGCUUGGCAAUGGUCUUCAGUCUCACCAUUCUUUUACCCCAGGUGGCCCACCAAGUCUAGCGUCUUUAACAGACAUUCUGCUUUCUACAAGAGAAUUGCUAAUGAUGCUAGCUGAUGGAUACAUAUCACAAUUCACAAGGCGCCUAGAGGAUCAAGUAAAUUUGAUGGAUCCUCUUAUGCGCGGGAACCUUCAAAACAGUGUGCUUAAAUCUUAUUGCAGAAUUUGGGGUUAUUACUGCUAG